AUGAAUAAAUCAUUCUUGUUCAUCUGCGUGUUAUUGUCUCUUGUCUGCUGCGUCUUUCAGCCAACGGAAGCUCGUCCAUUGAAUCUUGCAAAAACUGCUAAAAAAUUACUCUCCAUUCUUGGUACAGGCACUUACUAUGAUGUCGCUGCUGGUGUUGGAUCGUGUGGUCAAACUAAUAGUAAUGAUGACAUGGUCGUAGCUGUCAAUCAUGGUCAAAUGAAGAACGGCGCAAAUCCCAAUAACAACCCGUACUGCAACAAAAAAGUCAAGAUUGUCGGUAAAACUGGAAAAUCUGUGGAAGCUAGAAUUGUAGAUACAUGUCCUGGAUGCGCAAAUGGUUGCUUGGAUAUGUCUUCUGCCUUAUUUGAAGAGGUGUGUGGAAAUUUAGAUCUUGGUGUAUGUCAAAUCAGUUGGGAUUUCGUUUAA